AUGAGAACCUCAAGAAGACUAUUAUGGAAACUAUCCAUCAUCGUUUUAUUAGCAGUCUUUUCUCAACCAUCUUUCUCAGGUCAUACUGGUCCAUCGGAUGAAAUGGAGAGUGGGAACAGCCAUGAACAUGAAGCCGCCGCCGAGAUGAUGCAACCACAGAGAGCAGGAAACCGUAAGGGUAGAGGUGGUCGUGGUGGCCGUGGUGGCGCCGUCGCCCAAGGUCCUGAGAUGAAUUGGCCAGGCCAAUGGGAGUUAUUCUUGCAGAACUCAGGCGUAUCGGCCAUGCACGCUAUUCUUCUCCCAUUGAUCAAUAAAGUACAGUUUUACGAUGCAACCAUUUGGAGAAUAUCGCAAAUCAAGCUCCCUCCAGGCGUACCUUGUCACGUUUUUGACCAUGUCCAUAAUAAAAUAGAUUGUUGGGCUCACUCUGUUCUCAUCGAUAUUAAUACCGCACACAUCAGGCCUCUAUCGCUUGAAACGGACACAUGGUGUUCGUCAGGAGGUCUAACCGUAAACGGGACAUUGGUAAGCACUGGAGGGUUCCAAGGAGGAGCAAACACAGCAAGAUACCUAGCCGCAUGCGACAACUGCAAUUGGGUGGAGUAUCCAAAGGCAUUAGCUGCACCGAGAUGGUACUCAACACAAGCCACUCUCCCUGAUGGAACUUUCAUCGUUGUUGGAGGCCGACAAGCUCUCAACUACGAGUACAUCCUCCCUGAAGGAAUGGACAACAAGAUACUCCACGACUCGCAUCUUCUUAAACAAACAACUGAUCCAGAAGAAAACAAUCUAUACCCAUUCAUUUGGCUCAACACCGAUGGAAACCUCUUCAUGUUCGCCAACAAUCGGUCCAUCCUUCUUAACCCGAAAACGAAUAAAGUCGUCAAAGAGUUCCCUCAGCUCCCUGGCGGAGCCCGGAACUACCCAGGCUCCGCCUCCUCGGCUCUUCUGCCUAUCCGCCUCUACGUCAAGAACCCUCCUGUCAUCCCCGCUGACGUACUUAUAUGUGGCGGGGCCAGACAGGAUGGAUACUUCCGUGCCGACAGAUUAAAGCAAUUUGAUCCGGCCUUGAAUGAUUGUGCAAGGCUAAGCCUCAACGGUCGAAAGCCAGCAUGGAAAAUAGAGAAGAUGCCAAUGUCUCGCGUCAUGAGCGACGCAGUUCUCCUCCCUAACGGAGAAGUACUAAUAGUUAACGGCGCGAAACAAGGAACAUCUGGAUGGGGCUUAGCCAAAGACCCAAACUUCACACCGCUCUUGUACUCACCAAACAAACAAUUUGGCAAACGUUUCAAAGAGCUAGCUGCUUCCGCUAUCCCACGCAUGUACCAUUCCAUCGCACUCGCUCUUCCUGACGGUAAAGUUCUUAUCGGUGGUAGCAACACCAACGAUGGUUACAGGUACGAUGUUCCAUUCCCGACAGAACUCCGCAUAGAGAAAUUCUCACCGCCUUAUCUCGACCCGGCUCUUGCCAAUAUGAGACCAAAGAUUGUGCACGCCGACACACCGAAACAGAUCAAGUUUGGACAAAUGUUUAACGUGAAGAUUGAGCUUAAACAACCGAAUGUGGCUAAAGAGAAUGUCAUGGUUACAAUGUUGGCACCACCGUUUACUACACAUGCUGUGUCAAUGAACAUGAGGUUGCUUAUGUUGGGUAUUGCUGAUGUUAAGAAGGAGCAAGGUGACUUUCAUCAGAUUCAGGCCGUUGCUCCACCGAGUGGAAACGUUGCUCCUCCUGGUUAUUAUCUUAUCUAUGCCGUCUACAAUGGUGUCCCCAGCGUUGGAGAAUGGAUUCAGAUCGUGUGA